CCUUAGGGUAUAUACGGGUGAUGUGCUACGAUUGAGGGUUUAACGUUGCUGGAGCAGUAGAUAGGUUGCUCCACACUGCCACCGCCUCUCUCUCUCUCUAUUUCUUCCUCUGCAUCUUCCCCUUUCCUUCUUUUUCCUACGUAUUUCUGCCAAAAUAGUAUUUGAAACGUUCAUUUGAGGACGAGUACGACCCACCAAUGUCCGGCAAAAGGGUUACGCUUCUCAGCAUCAACACUCUCACAACUUUAUCCAAGGUACGCAAUUCGCGCAAUUCUUUGGAUUUCAAUAAAUUCAUUGCUUUUGCGAAUAAUCUCAGUACUGCAACUGAAAGAUCAUAUUUUCAAACUCCUGAUGGGUUCAAUGGAGAAAAUCAUUUAGAAUAUCAACAAAACCCUAGUGGGUUUUACGCUGAACAGCAAAAUCAUAUAGAAUCUGAAAAGAAACCAAAUGGGCAUGGUCAAGAUUGGGGUUACAGAAAAAAUAGUAUGAAUUCUCAGCAAAACCCAGAUGGGUUUUAUGGAGGACAUUCAACGGGGUUGAGGCAAAACGCUAGUGGGGUUCAUGGGCAUAACCUUAGAAAUGAAUUACAGCAGAACCCUGUUGGACAAAGUGGGAAUUUUUCUAAGCAAAACCCUAGAAAUGAAUCUCAGCAGAAGCCAAUUGGGGAAAAUGGUAACUAUUACACUAACGAUCAGCAAACUCCAAAUGGGUUAUCUGGAGGAAAUUUGCAGCCGCAUCCAUAUGGGUCUAACAGAGAAGGCCAAGAAAAAAUUCAGCAGAAUGCAAAUGGGUUUUAUGGAGGAAAUUCAACUGGGUUGAGGCAAAACGCUAGUGGGGUUCAUUGGCAAAACCUUAGAAAUGAAUCACAGCAGAACCCUGUUGGACAAAGUGGAAAUUUUUCUAAGCAAAACGCUAGAAAUGAAUUUCAGCAGAAGCCAAUUGGGGAAAAUGGUAACUAUUACACUAGUGAUCAGCAAAAUCCAAUUGAGAAGAGUAGCAAUAUUAAUGGUUAUUAUGGUACGAGGCCAGUACAGCAAACUCCAAAUGGGUUAUCUGGAGGAAAUUUGCAGCCGCAUCCAUAUGGGUCUAACAGAGAAGGCCAAGAAAAAAUUCAGCAGAAUGCAAAUGGGUUUUAUGGACAGAGCAUCUCAAAGUUUCAGGGAACCAUAAACGAGCAUUAUGGACAAAGUACUGGACAAUUUCAACAUAAUCCAAGUAAUUAUUACGGACAUAGCACUGGAGUGCCUCAGCAGUAUCCAAGUAACUAUUACACUUGUAAUACUGGAGCCGCACAGCAAAACCCUGGCAACUACUACAUGGGAUACCCUGAAAAAACUCAACAAAUGCCAAGUAAUUACCACACGGGCAACACCGAAGCACAACAUUACCAGCAAAGCUCAUGUGGAUUUAAUGGAGUAAUGCGGAGUCCAGAUGGGUUUUCGAGGGAAAAUGUUGGAGAAUAUCAACAGAACCCAAUUGGAAAUUUUAAUGCUAAUGCUGGACAAUAUCAGCAGAAUUCGUAUGAUUCUCAGAAUGGGGUGGUUGGUCCUCAUUUGUCAAGUAAGUCUAAACCUAAUGGAGAAUCUGCUGAAGCCACUGAAAGUGGCCAAUAUAUUCGCACUAUUGAGGAGUUGGAUGGCUUCUCUAAGGAGGGCAAAGUGAAGGAAGCUGUGGAACUUUUGAAAUUACUAGAGAAGCAACACAUCCCAGUGGAUUUACCCCGAUAUUUGACAUUGAUGAAGGCCUGUGGGGAAGCUAAAGCUCUGCAAGAGGCAAAAUUUAUUCAUGAGCAUCUCAUGAGAUCAGUGUCUCCUCUCCAAGUCCACACUUGCAAUAAGAUCGUGGAGAUGUAUGCAGAAUGUGGUUCCAUGGAUGAUGCAUAUAUGGUGUUCCAAAAAAUGCAGCAGCGCAAUUUGACUUCUUGGGAUACCAUGAUCACUUGGCUUGUUAGGCAUGGUCAAGGAGAGGAUGCCAUUGACUUGUUCACUCAAUUUAAGGAAACAGGACUGAAACCUGAUGGUCAAAUAUUUAUUGCGGUUUUCUCUGCUUGCAGUGCCCUGGGUGAUAUCAACGAGGGAAUGUUGCACUUUGAAUCAAUGAGCAAGAAUUAUGGCAUUGUUCCUUCCAUGGAGCAUUAUGCGAGUGUAGUGGACAUGCUGGGAAGUACAGGGUAUUUGGAUGAAGCUGUAGAGUUCAUUGAAAAUAUGCCAAUAGAGCCAAGUGUGGAUGUCUGGGAAACCUUGAUGAAUUUAUCUAGAGUUCAUGGCAACAUCAAACUUGGAGAUCGUUGUGCUGAGCUUGUUGAGAUCCUAGACCCUUCUCGUUUGAACAAGCAAUCAAAGGCAGGCCUCAUAACAGAUAAAGCUUCAAACCUUGCAAAGGAGAAGGAGAAGAAGAAACUGGCAGGUAAAAAUCUUCUAGAGAUUAGGAGUAAGAUCCAUGAAUAUAGGGCAGGAGAUAAAUCUCACCCUGAUUCAGACAAGAUCUAUGCACUGCUUAGGGGGAUGAAGGGACAGAUGAAAGAGGCUGGUUAUGUGCCAGAGACUAGAUUUGUGCUCCAUGACAUAGACCAAGAAGGUAAGGAGGAGGCGCUUCUUGCACAUAGCGAGAGGCUUGCUGUUGCUCAAGGUCUCAUUAGUAGCUCAGCUCGUUCACAAAUUCGGAUAAUCAAGAAUCUUCGUGUUUGUGGUGAUUGUCAUAGUGCACUCAAGAUCAUCUCAAAGCUGGUUGGCAGGGAACUCAUUAUUCGAGAUGCUAAAAGGUUUCACCAUUUCAAAGACGGGCUAUGCUCUUGCCGUGAUUACUGGUGAUAGUGAUCAAUUUUGAGUGAGGAGACAAGUGACAACCAAAGCAACGUGACUAGACGAUCCCCUCUGAAUUUAGCAGCUGAUGGUGAUUCUGUAUGGGGAAUCCUUGCCACCAUCUCAAUGAGUACGAAUGAAUGGUAUUCUCAGUAAGCAAAGUAGUGGAUUAAACAACUCAACUAAAUAGCAGUUUUUCAGCUUCCUGAUUGCUGGAUAUUAUUACUAAAAGUAUUCUGGCUUGGAAUCUAAAUUUCCGAUUGGCAUUCCAUCUAUGUUCUUGGUAUUAUUCUUCUGGGUGGUAAAUUGGGUUUUAAUUUGCAGAAGAUACAUUAAAGUCUCAAUAUUGGUUUUUUCUGAAGGACAGAUCAUCAAGCUUGCUCAACUGGGAAACUAAUGGAGAUAUGGGUCAUUUUUAGGAAGCAAUUAGGUUUCACUAUGUUCAAAUCUUUAAAGGGUCUUUGAUGCAUUAAUUGAUGAUGAGAACUCUACAAAUAUGGUGCGUAGCCGGCUUCAGAAGCAUGAGUUGAUCAUUCUUUGGAGUAGUAUGUUUUGAUUGAUCUCUUGUUAACUUUCACUUUUCUAAUAUAUACAUCCAGUUGAAUUAAAUUUAAUAAUUGUUUUUCAAGAAGUAGAUCUAUACUAUUAUCAUUGUAAUUUCCUUUGCAAUGUCUACUCCUUGAAAUUAAGUGCAACAAGAAAGAUUGUAAUGCCUGUUUGGUGGGAUCAGAAAAAAUGUUGGAGCUGUGACCAAGGGUAUAACUUGAUUUAUCUUUUAUCUGACAAAUUCUAACCUUGA